CGCCAAUGCACUUGCAGGGCUAAAAAACGCGCUACUUCCUGGGAAAAUUAUGGAUUCGUUAGAGCUAGAGGCCUGCAGGUUACUCGUGGCCAAGGUCUCUAAACAGGAUCUAGAUAAGAGUGGGUUGCUAUCCGAAAACAUGGCGAACAGGAAUGUAGAGGGAGUAAAGUUUCUUCUUGAUUUUGGCGCGAGCUUGGACCAUCAUGCGGAGGAAGUGACACGCUUCUUUGCCAGCCUUAGCUUGAGUGAGGCGCAAGACUUCAAGACUCAUGUCCCACGCGCGUAUCCGUAUCUGCUGCCGUGCUUCGUGCGAAGCGCCAGCCUUCGUGACGUUCGCGAGUGCGUGGAGAGUGGGCGUCUCGACAUUAACGCUGGGGUGUCGCUCGACGGUUCUCACGCAAAUUUUGUGUCCGUCGUUAGCACUUUCCGUAAUAACAUAAACGCUGUGAUGGCACUGAUGAGUGACGGUGCCAAGUGUGACGUCCUUGGCAUUCAUGUCCACAAUGAAAGUGCCUUACGCCGUUUCGUCCACGAUCGGCAGAAUGCGCAUACAACCCUAAGCAACAAGAUCAUCUGCCGCAACGUGCAGCGAGCCUACAAGAUGGCUGGAGGUAAAGAUCGUAAGCUGCUGGAUCUCGAAGAGCUCAAAGAUGAGAUCAGUGGCCUUUCUGACGCGUGCUGGGAAAAGGUUUUGCGCAGCAGUUGGCUCGAAGAAGAAGUGAAGAUGAGUACACCUUUGGCCGCCUCUGUGAAGCGUUUUGUGUUAGAUGCCGUGGAUCGCCUUGGUCAAUUUUAAGUGUAGUUUUGUUCACUUGUUAUUUCGUGUCCGUGUGAGGUAUUGGUAUGCUGAGUGCAUUUUUCUCAUGUUGCCCUUGAUUUCAAGAAGAAACCGAAAAGGAAAUAACUCAGGGACUACACCGAUCAUUGCCUACCACGCACACUGAUAGCCUAAGUACCUUCUUUAACAAUUGCGAGGAGACGACUUUUCGCCGAGUCCUUUGGUGUCCUCUGGUCAGGAAGCGCUGGAACUGGUGUAUCGCGCACUUGAAGUCGCAUUUUCUAAAGGACUCGACUACGACCAUGGCAAAGACGUCCUGGCUCCCCUCGCCGGCGCCUUGCUUCAAACGGAAACAGAGUAUGGCUGGCGAGGAGGACGAUCUUGCCCACAGGGCUCUAUGGCGAUGGUUCUACAAGUCCUGGAGGGGCGUGUCGAAGAAACAGAGAAAGAAGCAGAAGCAGAGAAAAAAGAGAAUGCGCCAUGUUCAUUGGCGGAUUGGAAAGGAUGGCUGCAGGCCUGCUUUGACGCAGGUAAAUGCGAGCACCUCUACCAUGAGGUGCAAUCACGUUUGCUGGAAUACGGGUACGCGGAUCGAUUGCAGAAUAUCUAUGAGAAAAUCGUAGAAGGCGACCACUACCAGUUUUAUGUGAAUAAACUUCGUGGGCUGGUGUUUCAGAUGCUCUGCGAAGAGUUCUCCCAGGACCUGGCCAAGCGACGGUUAGAGCGGGAUGAAAACAACCUUCGACAACUCGUGGAGCAUCUAGGACAUGUGGCGAACCUUUUCACUGAGGUUUGCGAGACCAACAUGCUCAACGUGAUUGAGCCAGUGGCAAAGGAGCCUCAAUAUAAUAUACAUCAGACCGUAAGCGCAUCAACUACUAUCAAGUCAUCUAAGUGCGCAGGAGCACGACCUCGUCAGAACUAGCUAGAAGUCGUCGUGGAGCGCCGUUGGGUCACAUCAACUAGGCUCAGCCAUUCGAUGAGGUGACUUGAUUCAAUGAAGUUCAUGAUCUUCCGAUCCUAAGGAAGUUUCAGAUCGUCCUUCAAAGAAUUUCGAAAUAACGGUGACGAUACUUCAUUCUUAUUUACAUACUCCUUCCAUUAUGACGGAACCGAAAGCGAUUGAAGAACAAAAUCUACUUAUAUCAUAACGGCGAUCGAGUGUUGUCUACAUAUUGCUAUCUGUCUCCUCUUCCUAUACUUUGAAUUACAUACUUAAAUAAAUUUAUGUACCGUGCGGGAUCCUUGUGUGUUUUCUCUUGACAAACUAUUUAGAGUGAUGGACUCUUUCGGGUUUCAAGUACUGCGUCACGAAUUAUCUUAAGACUUACAUGGCGGGGCAUCUUUCGAUCGGAGUGGUUGCGAGGUGUGUGGCGUUUACUUAAUCCCUCGCAUCUGGGUCCGCCUUGUGCAUAAAUUUGGGCCCGGCGCAAUCUCCUAGUUGUCCGCGGUCUUGUCUUCCAUUCUAUCUAAAAACUAAAUGUAAUCGAGACGGACACAGAGACAACUCAACUCAGAAACUCGCGAGCACUGCUCGGUAAGAAAGACGCGGAUGGUCCAUUGUAGUGGGACUGUGCAUUUAUCUGCAUGAGAAUAGCGCGCGAUCACAGUUGCCGUUUUCCAGGAUUUUUUCGUUGCUGAGUUUCACUGCAAGAAGGUCAAACUACCUUCUAUAUCUUCUACGCGGGAAAUUGUAGACGCAGGUCCAAAAAAUAAAAAAUCUACGAACCGCGAACAUGAAUGAGUGCAACUGUCUGCUAUGUCUACCCUCUUCUCCAAGAACCUUGUCGAG